GACUUCCGGCCCUGCCGAGGCCGCUCGAGUGGAGUCCGGCCGCCGCCGCGGAGGGAGCGAAGCAGGAGCCGCCCGCCCCGACUCGCCGCUGCCCGCCAUGGCUCUGCCCGGGUCGCUGCUGCUGCUCCUGGCCCUCGGCCCCUGCGCGGGCCGCGCCUCCGACGUGCUGGAGCUCGGGGACUCGGACUUCGAGAGCGGCCUGGCCGAGCGCCCGGGGCUGGUGCUGGUGGAGUUCUACGCGCCCUGGUGUGGGCACUGCAAACGACUAGCCCCGGAGUACGAGGCUGCUGCUACCAGACUGAAAGGAAUUGUCCCUCUAGUAAAGGUUGACUGUACAGCAAACUCAAACACCUGUAACAAAUAUGGAGUCAGCGGCUAUCCCACCCUGAAGGUUUUCAGGGAUGGUGAAGAGGCAGGUGCCUAUGAUGGGCCCAGGACAGCAGAUGGGAUUGUUAGUCACCUCAAGAAACAGGCAGGACCUGCCUCAGUGGCUCUCCGCUCUGUGGCAGAUUUUGAAAAAUUCAUCAGUGAUAAAGAUGCUUCUGUGGUGGGCUUCUUCAAAGAUGCAUUUGGUGAUGCUUAUUCAGAGUUCAUGAAAGCAGCCAGCAACCUAAGAGAGAGCUACCGCUUUGCACAUACCAGCGAGGAGGAGCUGAUACAGAAGUAUGAGGCAGAUGGAGAGGGUGUUAUCUUAUUCCGUCCUCAACGCCUGGCAAAUAAAUUUGAGGACAGCACUUUGAGGUACACAGAGGACAAAAUCACCAGUGGCAAGAUCAAGAAGUUUCUCCAGGAGAACAUUUUUGGCAUCUGUCCACAUAUGACGGAAGAUAACAAAGACUUGAUCCAAGGGAAGGACUUGCUGGUGGCUUAUUAUGAUGUGGACUAUGAGAAGAAUGCCAAGGGCUCCAACUACUGGCGCAACAGAGUGAUGAUGGUGGCGCAGAAGUUCCUGGAUGCUGGACACAAGCUCUACUUUGCUGUUGCUAGUAGAAAAACCUUUGGCCAUGAGCUUUCAGAGUUUGGCCUGGACAGCAGCACAGGGGAGGUUCCUGUCGUUGCCAUCAGAACUGCCAAGGGAGAGAAAUAUGUCAUGCAGGAGGAAUUCUCCCGUGAUGGGAAAGCUCUGGAGAGAUUCUUGCAGGAUUACUUUGAUGGUAACCUGAAGAAAUACCUGAAAUCGGAGCCCAUCCCUGAGAACAAUGAUGGCCCUGUGAAGGUGGUGGUUGCUGAAAAUUUUGAUGACCUUGUUAAUGCAGAGGACAAAGACGUCCUGAUUGAGUUCUAUGCCCCAUGGUGUGGCCACUGCAAGAACCUGGAGCCCAAGUACAAGGAACUUGGAGAAAAGCUCAGCAAAGACCCCAACAUUGUCAUAGCCAAGAUGGAUGCUACAGCCAAUGAUGUGCCUUCUCCAUAUGAAGUUCGAGGCUUCCCCACUCUCUAUUUUGUUCCAGCUGGUAACAAGCAGAAUCCAAAGAAAUAUGAGGGAGGCCGGGAGGUGAGCGACUUCAUUAGCUACUUGAAGCGGGAGGCAACCAGCCCCCCUGUGCUGCUGGAGGAGGAAAAGCCCAAGAAAAGGAAGAAGGCCCAGGAGGAUCUGUAAAGCACCCAACUUAUCA